AGGUCAUAUGAAUAGCUACCUUUUGUAAGUUUAUUGUUGAUUUUAAUAAGUGGUUGGAAAAAUGAAGAUUUUAGUCAAGCUAAUUCUUAUUUGAAAAAGUACUCAUUCAAUCUCUUAUUAAUUUUAGAAUUGAUUAAACAAUUAAAAGAAAAAAUAAACCACCUCAAAUAAACAAGCCUUAAGAUUAAGGAUAAACAAAUAAUAAUGUGAAUGUUAAUUUAGAAAAAAAAAUGGAUGAUUAAUAAGUAUGAUUAUUAGUUCUUAGAUUUAAUAAGGUUGAAAGAAGAAAUUAUAAUCAAGGUAACUAUCGUAGAUAUAAUAAUUCUUCAUAUAGAAGAUAUGAUAGAAGAGAUGAACGUGAUUAUGAUAGAAGUUAAAGAAAUGAUAGGAGUGAAAGAAAUGAUAAAAGUGAAAGAAAUGAUAGAAGCGAGAGAAAUGAUAAGAAUGAAAGAAAUGAUAAAAAUGAUAAGAAUGAUAAAAAUGAAAGAAAUGAUAAGAAUGAUAAAAAUGAUAGAAAUGACAGAAAUGAUAGAUAUGAUAGGAAUGAGAAAAACAAUAGUUUUAAUAGAGAUAAAUAUAGAAAUAGAUUCAAUGAUAAAGAUAGAAAUAAUAAAGACAGAGAUCAAAAAGGAGAUGAAAGAAGUAAAAUAUUUAACAAGACUAUAAGAUUAAAGAAAUUAUCCAUAUCAUUCUAAAUGGGCUCAUGAUUGGUUUGAAAAAGAUAAAGAUUAAAGUCCUAAUAAUAAUAAUAAUGUAUAAUUUAUAUUAACUACUUUUUAGCAAGUUAAACCAAGAGGAUCCCCAAUAUACAAAUGAAUAAGAUAAAUAUGC